AUGACUUUUACAACAACAACGGUGGAACACUUAUCACCGUCUCCAAGACAACCACCUUCCCAAUCAUUUUCUUACGCCGAUAAGCCCAAAAUACAGCUUAAAUGCAAUCUCCCUUCGCCUCAAGACUUGCCUUCAAAGACAACGCCAAGACACAAACCACUUUAUUCUACACUCCUCGAUGCACUUUGUCAUCUCAUUCUUUACACCUUACAACUCGGCUAUCUCUUAUACAUUGCUUGUCGUUCGCUUUAUCGUACAACUGAACAUGCCAUGUGCAAAUGGCUUGACACAGGCGAUCGUCUAGUCGCCAUUCACAAGGACAAGGCACGUCUCACCAAGAUACCUAAACAUUUGGCCAUAUUGGUUUCCGGUGAAUUGGAAGAACGGGACUUUGCUGAUUGGGAGGACCUUGUGAAUGAUAUUUGCGUUACAUCAUGCUGGGCUUGGGAAUUUGGUAUUCAGGAACUAUCGGUUUAUGACCCAUCAGGUAUCUUGAAAAGCAUGGGCGUGGAUGUCUAUAAACGACAAUCGACAAUGCUACACAAAUGGAUCAAAUCAUCACCUUCUUCUGCACCUGCAAUGAAAUUCAACAUUCUAUCCGCCAAUGAUGGUUCUUCAAGUUUGGUACAGGCAACACAAAACAUUACAAAGCAUUUGAUUGCUACGGGUGGAUCCAGUGAUGAUAUUGACAUUGCUAUGGUGGACAAAUUUGUGCAUGAGAAUGGCCCAUCGGACCCUGAUCUUAUGCUUGUGUGCAGUGGUCUGCCACAUUGUUACAUUUCAUUGGAUGGUUUCUUCCCAUGGCAUAUCCGAUUGACUGAGUUUAUAAACAACAAUGAUUAUCAUCGUCUCGACUAUCCAUUGUUGGCUCGGAGCUUGUACAAGUAUUCAAAGGUGGAUCAACGAUUUGGCCGAUAA